AUGCCGACCACCAUGACAGACUCGGAGCGAUCUCGGCGUACGGAAAAUUGGAUUCCUACAUCCACCCGAGGCGGCGUCUACUACUGCCCCAGAUAUCUCCUCGACCCUCCCACACCACAACAAAACCGCCUACCGACGCCGCCCAUCCGCGCCCGCCAGGUCAGACCACGAUCAAUACACAUCACCUCGUGGCCAUCGGGCUUCGUACCCCACGAACUCAGGCCGCAGCCCGAACGCCCCGCCAAGAGGAGGAAACCGUCCAAGGCCGUCUCGCCGACAACGACAUCGCUGGGGAAGUCGUCGCUGAAGUUCAGCAUCAAGCAGUUCUUCUCCCUCUCUCAGAAGCAGGUUCCCAGCAGAUCCGCGUCGUGCUCGUCCACCCUUUCGAGACCGACCCUCUCGAGACCACCCAGCAGAGCCACGAGCCUCCUCAACAGACUCUCCACCUACCGCGAGGUGGACUUGGUGGUACCCGAGGAAGACACCAUGGCCCUGCGAUCGGCCGCCAUGGCCGAGGCCCUGCGCCCGCCCCUGAUGAGCUCUACAUACAACACACCCGGCCAGCGUAGCAGCUUGAUGUCGGUACGGAGCGCCAAGAGCAACGUGACGUCCAUGGUCACCGAGAUCCCCAAGCCCGUGGCGCACGGCAGCGGCGUCAGCUGCUCGAUCCUCAUGGCCGAGCCCAACAUCUUCCUGACGGGCUUCGACCACGACGGGCACCGACAGCACUCGCAAGGCGGCACGGCGCUGCUGCGCGGCAAGCUGCAGUUGAAGGUCACCAAGAACGUCAAGAUCAAGGGCGUCAGCCUGAAGCUGGUCGGCAAGGCGCGCACGGAAUGGCCCGAGGGGAUCCCCCCGCUCAAGGUCGACCUGUACGAGGAGGAAUCGUUGCGGACGCAGGUCCUGACCUUCUUCAACGCCGUCAACGACGGAUGGGAAUCCGAGUACGGCAACCAGUGCGUCUACAUGCUGAAGAACAGCUCCUCCAACUCGUCAUCGACGAACCUGCCCGUGUCCAGCUCGCCCCGCAACUCCAUGUCGCCGUCGAUGCUGUCGGUACCGCACAACAGGCAACAACAGGGCGGCCUCACGGCCAAGGAGCUGAAGCGUCUGUCUCUGCAGUCGAACCAAUCGCGUAGCUUCGGCAAGGGCGACAACCCCAGCGGCAACCAGGCCAAGGGCUACAAGGUGUUUUACCCUGGCGUGUACGAGUACACCUUUGAGCUGCCCAUCGACCACCACCAGCUGGAGACGACCAAGCUGCAGUAUGGAUCCGUCAAGUGGGAGCUGCAGGCGACGGUCGAGCGCGCCGGCGCUUUCAAGCCCAACCUGCAUGGGUCCAAGGAGGUGGCCAUCGUGCGCGUCCCGGACCAGCUUUCGCUGGAGAUGACGGAGCCCAUCUCCAUCAGCCGACAGUGGGAGGACCAGCUACACUACGACAUCAUCAUCUCGGGGAAAUCGUUCCCCAUCGGCACCAAAAUCCCCAUCGCCUUCAAGCUGACGCCGCUUGCCAAGGUCCAGGUCCACAAGCUCAAGGUCUUCGUCACGGAGUCGGUCGAAUACUGGACCAACGACCGCAGAGUGACGCGCAAGGACCCGGGCCGGAAGAUACUCCUUCUCGAGAAGACGGCCGGGAAGCCCUUGGACGCAGCCUACGCCUCAUCGGACGUCCGCGUGCUCAACGGUGGCGAGCUGACGCCGCGUCAGCGCCGGGAAGCCCGCGAGUCCGCGGCCAUGCGCCGCGCCGCCGACGCCUCCCGCCAUGGCGUGAUGCCGCAGCCUCUUCCCGAACCGGUCGACAAUAUUCUGGGCGACUUGGACCUCGGUCUGGAGAGCUACUGGGGCUCGACCGAGAUCGAGAUGAACGUCCAGCUGCCCACUUGCGAGACCAUGGCCAAGAGCAAGGAGUUGCGCUUGCAUCCCGAUUGCAGUUGGAAGAACGUCAACGUGUACCACUGGAUCAAGAUUGUCAUGAGAAUCUCCCGUCUUGAUCCUGAGGAUCCUACCGGUACCAAGCGCCGUCACUUCGAGAUCAGCAUCGACUCGCCGUUUACGGUCCUCAACUGCCGCGCCACGCAAGCCAACACGUCGUUGCCCGAGUACUCGGGUCCCGACGUGGGCUUAAACCAGAGCCGCCAGACGUCGUGCGGAUGCCCGGAUGCGGUGACCAUCUCUGGGCCCGCCGAAGGGUCGCCAAACAACUUGUCGACCGGCGCCCUCACAGUCCUGGACGGAUCCGACAACCUUCCCGCUCCGCCUCAAGCGGCACAUCUCCCGUCUCCGCAGCCGACCACGAGCGGCCCCGGCCGUGCCUCGCCGCCGAAUUCCCAAACCUCCAUGGACCCGCACGCCGACACUCACCCGCGCCCGAUCCAUCUCCUACGCGUGCCGUCAUACAACCCUCCGGCCUUCGAUGCCGAGACGCCGCCGCCGCCGCACGCCGGGCACGAGCUCCCCUUGCAGACGCCGCCGCCGCAGUACGACGUAAUCGUGGGCACCCCCAGCGUGGACGGCAUGGCCGACUACUUUGCGCGGCUCGCCGACUAUGGCUAUGACGAGGCCGAGGAGGACUCGGAUUCGGACGAGGGUCCGGCGCGUAUCUCGGAGCGUGGUGGCCGCGUCAACGUUGCGCAUCCCCGCACUCCGGGUGGUAGACGCGCGCCCAGCCGGAGCCUGGACAUCCGCCGGCCACCUCUGGAGCUGCGGCUGGAGUCGUUGCCAGCGCUCAGGAGGAACGAUGUGCCAUCACAGAUCAACUGA